CAAGAAUUUAACGACAACGUUAUGCUGGGCGAGACUAGUAAACUAACUAUGGAUGACUCGAUCGUGAAAUCAAAGAAAAAUUUAAUAGAUGAAAGUGCCAAUACACGGAUUCAAAAUGAGGCAUCAGCCCUUGAAACCAAAUACAGAACGGAGUUAGAAUCUAAAAACGAGGAAAUUCGAAACUUGAAAGCGGACUCAGCGAAUGCAAAGUCGUUUCAGAAUGAAUCAAGCAAAAAGAACCAUAAAUACCCUGAAGGAAUAGUGCUAGAAUAUUCUAGGACAGGAGCUGCAUUUCCCAACUUGGAAACUCAACUCAAACAAUACUGCGAUGAUCUUCGAGAAGAAAAGAAACAUACCAGCAUAUUGCAGAAAGAGAUUACGGAGCUGAAACGGUUGAUUUCCAAUGAAGAAUUCCUCAAUAAAAAAUUGAAAACUUGGAUAGGAGAUAAGGACAAGCAAAUUAAUCAGUAUGAGGAAGAAUUACGAAAACAAACAAUUAUCGCGAAUAAACUAGAAGAAAUGAAAACAACGGAACUGGAGAGGCUCACCCAGUUAAGGUUCGAAGACCAGGAAGAAAUAAAAGAGCUUUGGAAAAAAGUUCAUUGUUUGAAGGCCGAACUGUCAGAUAAGAGAUUCACCGAAAGAGACGUUAAAUUAGUUUCGACAAUAACGGCCUUUUUACUGAUCCACCCGUUCGGAGUGGAUUUCGAUUGUAUCAUAGAGUACGUCAAAAGAAUGGAUGUCACUGCUGAAGUAGUGGAGGUCCAGUCCGUACUUGAAAGAUGUUCCUCUGUCUUCAUUAGCGAAGACAAAAAGUGGAUGUUGAAACCGCGUUCUAAUCAAGACCAGAAAACAAACUGGCUCAAUUCUAAAACUGCCAAUCACUCAGCUGAGCCACCUUCUCAAAUGCAGCAGGACAAAUCAAGUGUCGCCCCGUUGCACCCACUCCCUCAAAUACAGUCCCCCACAGGUGGAACAAGUUCCAUCUCAGGAGUCCCUCCCCCCAUUUAUCAAGCUCCAGUGUUACUGGGGAAAGAACCUGUCUCGCCUCAAAUACAAUCUUCGUGUGAUCCAAACUCGCCUUGUGGAAUAUCAUCCCCUGGUUACGAAAUGGAGUUGAGGGAUAACGGACUGUCUUCAUUCGCAGAGGAACUUCGACUAGUGAAUAUCCUCCGCAAGUUUCCGGACAACACUCAGUGGUCGCCGCAGUUGAAGAGAAGGUGUCAGGAAAUUGCGGUCUUCAGAAAUGAGUUCGUCUUCUACCUCAGAGCUAGCCAAAGAAAUACCGUGAAAGUUGUGGUUCCAACAGUAGCCCCUGAUGAAUUUGUCACAUUGAGAAAUGCGAUCACCAUCCCAGAUAAGUAUCCAGAAGAAGUCUACCUGGAAAACCUCAUGGCCGACCAAUUAGAUACUACAAACUCGAGCUCACUCACUACGAACUCUUCUAACAGCCCGCAACGAACUUUGCAACCCGUAAACUCGAUAGAAGAAGAAUACCGAUUCGCUAGAAUAGGUCAGCACUUUCCAAACUACUGGAGCUGGUCCGCUCCGCUGAAAAAGCGAAUGAGGUAUUUCAGUCCGAAAAAAUACCUCAAUGCAAAAGCUUAUCUCAGUCUCAGGUUGCCAGACGGUAAUGGGGUUAAUUUGUUCCUUCCUAAAAUACAUCAAAAAAAGAUGGCCGCGCUGGAAUCAGUUGAGAUUCCAGAGAAAUAUCCGGAAGAGUACAUUUUGGAUGAAAGGGAAGGAGAGUUGUUCGGGAGGGGCUGGUUCGAGGACAGGAGGGGUGUUCCAAGCCACCCGUAUAGUCCAGUUCAUAAAAAUGUCCCAGAGACAUUCGUGGGUCAUUCCGAGAGUUACUCAGUUCCACGAGUUGCUUCCAUGGAAACCACCCCUUUACACAUGGAGAGUGUUCAUUUGCCAGGGGAUGAAACUACCAAGGAAUCGUCCAGGCCAACAACUUUCUCCCCCAGUUUGACAGAAGAAACCCCUGCAGUUCCUUCGAUAUCUCCAGAGCAAGACAACAAAACUGAGGAAGCGAAGAGGAAUGAGGAGGAACAAGUUUUGCAACCGCAAAUCCCCUACAGAAAACCACCUGUGCUCCACAUAAACGAAGAGGAGUUUGUCCGUUCAGCGAAAAAACGUCGAAUCCUCGUAUCCCCUCAGGAAACGCCCAACAAGAUUAGAAAAACCAUCCUGAAAAAACCGAGCUCCCCGCUGAAGGUUUCCAAAGGAUUAUGGACUUCUCAGAAGUCUUCCGAACAUACUCAGAAGCCUCCUAAGAGAAAACGCAAUGCAGAUCCCGUUACAAAUGAGAAAGCAGGAAGUGAUACCGUUUUUGGAAACCAAACGACUUCUGAGAGAAUUUGGCAGGUUCAAAAAUCCUCCAAUAAGUUCCAGGAAGUUUUGAAAGUCGACGACAGCAUCGUCGUGAGUGAAACCACUGGAAGAAGAACUUUGGUUGAGACCUCUGCAAAAAAAUCCGUGAACGAGACUGCAGAAAAAGCUUCAACAGAGGCCUCUGCAAAGAAAGAUUUGGACGGGGCAGUUUCAAAGAUAGACUCAGAAGAAACAUCUGCAAAAAGGUUGUUGAAUGUGACUUCUGCAAAGAAAGAUGUACCCGAGACCUUUUCCAAAAGAGCAUUAAAAGAUAUUAUUGCCCAAGGAAAUAUAGACGGGACUUUUAAAAGUGGCGAAAAAGAGACCUCUUCAAAGAACGACUUAGAAGAGUACUAUGCACACAGAGCCUCAGAAGAGAACCCUUCAAAAAAAGACGUUGAGGUCACCUCUUCAAGAAAAAUAGCUGUUGUGCAAGCAGCUGCAAACCAGACCUCUGUAGCAAACAAAGUCCUAGAGGAAACCACUACCGCUGCAAAAAAACCUUCAAAAGAGGCCUCUACAAAAAAAGAUGUAGACGGGACCGACUUAGAAGAGAACCCUUCAAAAAAAGACGUUGACGUCACUUCAAGAAAAAUCGCUGUUGCCCAAGCAGCUGCAAACCAGACCUCUGCAGCAAAAAAAGUCCUAGAGGAAACCACAACCGAUGCAAAAAAACCUUCAAAAGAGGCCUCUGCAAAGAAAGGUGUAGGCGGGGCCGAUUCAAAGACAGGUUCAGAAGAAACAUCUGCGAAGAGGUUGUUAUACGAGAUUUCUUCCAAAAGAGCAUUAAAAGACACUUCUGCAAAGAGAAAUAUAGACGAGACAUCUUCUAAAACUGGCGAAAAAGAGGCCUCUUCAAAAAACGACUUAGAAGUCAACUAUGCAAAAACAGCCUUAGAAGACGUUGACGCCACCUCUUCAAAACAAACCACUGCUGCGCAAGCAGCUACAAACCAUAUCUCUGCAAAAAAAGUCCUAGAAGAAACCACUUCUACUGUAAAAAAAACCUCAAAAGAAGCCUCUACAAAGAAAGAUGUAGAUGGGACCGUUUCAAAAACAGGCUCAGAAGAAAUAUCUGGGAAAAGAUUGUUGAAAGUGACUUCUUCCAAAAGAGCAUUUAAAGACCCUCCUGUAAGAAGAAAUAUAGACGAAACUUCUUCUAAAAGUGGCGAAAAAGAGACCUCUUCUAAUAACUACUUAGAAGAGAACCCUUUGAAAAAAGACGAUGACGCCACAUCUUCAAAAAUAACCGCUGCUGCACGCCAGAGCUCGGCAAAAAAAUUCCUAGGCGAAACCACUUCCAAAAUAGGUGAAGAAGAUAUGUUUUCAAAAAAAGCAGUAGACGAGACUAGUGCAAAAGGAGCCACAGCCCAAAUGUCUGCAAAAGUAACUAGAGAGUCAAGAAGAUCCAUAGAAGAGGUUUUCAGUUGUGGAAAAAGUGUUUCAAAGCCUGGUAGUGUUGAUAAGGGCUCCAGAGGGGUGUACGAUAAACGUUUAGUAAAGAACCCUCUGAAUUUAGCAAAAGAAAAAAUGCACUCUACUAACAGUUCAAGUUCAUCAAAAGAAUUCUCUUCCAAUAAAAACAGGAAGAGUUUCAGUACCGCUACAAAGCAAAACCAAUCUCACCAAGAUGUAGCAAAGAUCGAGGGUAAAACCAAAACUGAUAGCUCUCUGAAAAACUCUUCAGUUUCCAUCAAAACAUCUCAGCUUGUGGAAAAUCCUGCAUCUAGGUCGAAAAAGAAGAAAAAGUCUGAUGUAGAAAAAGAUGAACGUAAAGAUUCGGUUUCCAAGAAACGCGAAGAAAAAUGCACAAAGCCUCCGAAAGAAAUAAAUAACGAUACUCUCGUGGUAAAUCCUUACAGAAGUAGCUCACAAAAAGAAACUGCAAAUAACGCCGAAGAUGUUCCGAAUAUUCAUACAGAUUCUGCUAAAGCUGAAUCAUGUGCUACUGAAAGAGCAAAGAAGAAUGUUGAUAAAUCUAUUUUGGAUGAAGUUGCUAUCAACAAACAGAGCACUAAAGACCUUCGAUCGAUAUCUAGUUUGCUCGCUCAUAUUAAAGAAAAAUCAGAAGGGAAACUUCUCGAAAGGACAACUAGUGGUGAUAAGACUGGUAGUGGGAAGUCUGAGAAAGAGAAGGAAAACUUUGGUGGCAAUGGUUUGGAUGAAAGAAGUCAGAAAUCAGAGGCUAACAUAGUAAACUCUCUAACAGAUCCGGCUAAAAAAACCGAUCGCCAUCUAGAUCAGAAUAAGGGUCUCGUAGAUCCUCCCAAGUUGACUGAGUCAGAGCCAUCAACGGGUAUAAUGAAAGAAAAUGUAGGGGAUACUGAUGCCAACAUCAGAAAGAGGCAAAAGAGAGAUAAAUCACCGAUGGAAGUAUCAGAGCUAUUCAGAAAGCUUUUUAGCAAUUCGGACGAAAUUGUCAAUUCUAAAAGAGAUGACUCCAAUCGAGACGUUAACAAACUUGACGAAUCAUCUGGAAGGGCUGCUGAGGAAGAUACCAAAAAGAAAAAUUCUCAAGACGAGAAGAAAUCGGAAACAAUGGCUGUUAAAAAGGAUUUGCAAAGUUCUUCUUCCACUAGCAAAGAUGCAAAGCAAAAUAAACAUAAGAGGGUGGCAGUGAAACAGAAUGAAAGCAAGAUAAUGACUUUCGAAGAGUUUCUUGGCAACUUUGAAAGUGCUAGUGAAAAAACUACUAAGGAAUCAAAAAAUAAAGACGCUGACGAUGUAGGGCAAGCAUCCAAGAAGACGCGAACUUGUGAACUUGAGAAAAGUUCUACCUCUAAAACUGUGAAUAGUGCUUCGAAAGCUGCCGAUUCUAUAAAGAGAAAAAUGAAGCAGAACCCCUCUGAAUCGGCAAAGUCUUCCAAAUUGAGGGUCCUCAGCCCAGAAAAAAUAAACGCUCUUCAAAAACCAGUCAUUUGCCCUAAAGCUAAGAAAAACGCCCCAGUCUGCUUGAAAAAGUCGUCAAAAACACAACUAUCUGAGAAGGAGGAUACUAGUUGUGCUGAAGAUAAUUCUUUGAAAGGUGAUUUUGAAACGCUAAAGGAAAAUGUCUUGAUGGAAACAUUUGAUAAUUUGCAGCAAAGCAUUGAGGUAUAUGACCUUACUACAGAUGAAAACUGGGAAGAAAUGGAGGAAUCAGCUAAUUCAGUUGGCGAUGAAAAUAAAAGUAGUGGCCUAGAGAGUUCGAUGGAGAACACGAAAAAGAAAAACGAAAUUGAAGAGUCAAAAUGUGGGACCUCACAAGACACCAACUGUGAUGUCAUUAAGACCAACACAGAGGAAGUUGAAUCUCAAGAAGAACCUAGCGAAACUCCAGUUGAGGGAGACUUUCAGGAAAGUCUCGGCUUCAGAGCUUUCUCAACAGACGCGCAGCAACUUUGUAACCAGCUUCACGAGUUAUUCGCAGAUUCUCCAGAUGAGGAUUUUUUCGCGGAUAAGCAGGAGCGAUCCAAAAGAAUUGAAGAAAAUUCAACCUCGGACGGUUCCGAUGGCGAACAGUACUGUGAUACUUACUUGUCAUCUGCAGAUAUUCUGAAGAUGGUAGAGCAAGGAUGAUUUAUUUGGUAUUAGUUAUCUGUGAGUUUAUCUAAUAUAAGAUUAUUUAGCUAACGAAAAAAAAAGGGAAACAUCAAAGAAUGUAAACUUUCUCGGCCAGAGAUAACUGUGCGAAAGCUAGUUUCCAGAUUUUUUGUCCGUGGUCUGAAGGUUUUUAUGACUGACGUUUCGUAAACUACUGCGGCAAAGGCAAUGUGAUAACAGUCGCAGUGUCCUUGUUGGAGCUCGGUUGUGAGUUAGUGGGCGAGGCUUCGUUGCUCUUCAUUGGAUUACCUGACCUUGUUUGUGCACCUGUAAGGACAGGUAGCCAGAUUUUAUUGAUGUUCAUUGCCUCUUCUAUUUCUAUUGAAAUUAUACCUGUGUUUUUUAAUUUCUAUCGCCUCUUUAUAUACUCUUGUAUAGUAAUUUUUAAUUUUAUCGAGUGUUACUGUAUUGAGAGACGUAACCCAUACUUCUCUUCGUGGUUCCAGUAUAGACCGACUCAUAGCUACAAGGAAU